AUGGAUCACGGUCCCGAUAGAUGUUUGGGACUGAAACUCCGCACCUGCCGAGAUUUGCUGUGUGAACGAUCGGCACGAGUCGAAAUCACGCCCUCCGUGGAAUGGGAAAAUAUAGGUCUCCCAUUGUCAACUACGAGCAAUGAAGCUGCUAAAAUGUAUGAUGCAAUAGUCACACAGUACAUGAGUGGUUUCUCUGAUGACAGUGUUGAUGGGAUAGGCGGUGCUAUCAAGAAAAUGACAGACGCCGACCCCAAUUUUGUUAUGGGUCCAAUUAUAUCAAAUGGUCUCACAUUGUUUAGCAUGGCAACAUCCACUUGGAACAACCCUGAACUAAAAAGCAAUAUAGAAAAAAUGGUACAAAGCGCAGAUAAUGAUACGCUCACAUGGAGAGAAAAGUUACACAUUAAAGCUAUUAAGUUGUUUUCAGAAGGGGACUUUACAGGGGCAAGUGAUACAUUUGAAGAGAUAUUGCUGCAACAUCCAACUGAUGCAUUGGCUUUUCGGUUUGCUCUGGACUGUUAUUUCUAUCGAGGUGAAAUGGCACAGUACAGAGAUUGUGCUGCACGUGUCAUGCCCUACUGGAAGUCAGGGAAAGUAUCGCAAAGCAUGUACGGGUAUUUGAAGAGCUUGUAUGCUUUUGGAUUAGAAGAGACUAACUUCUUCGAUGAGGCGGAAAAAGAAUCUCUACAGUCAUUAGAACUGAAUUCUCGUGAUGGCUGGGCUACCCAUACAAUAGCACAUGUAAUGGAGAUGCAAUGUAGAUACGAUGAAGGUAUACGCUAUCUUAAUGACACAGCUCAUAAUGGUCAGAAACACUUUUUUGAGGGUCACAUAUAUUGGCAUUUGGGCCUGUAUUAUAUUGAAAAGGGUGAUUACGAAGCUGCUUUGAGUCUGUAUGAUGAAUAUGUUGGCUCUAAGGUAGACAGUGGGGUUAUGUUAGAUAUCUCAGAUGCAGCCUCUUUCCUCCAACGCUUAGAAUAUGAAGGUGUCAAUGUCGGGCCAAGAUGGAUGAAAGUGUUUAAUUUUAGUAAGACUCACGUGGAUGAUCAAGCUUUGGUCUUCAAUGAUCUUCACUUCAUGAUGGCCGCACUGGGAGCAAAACAACAAAGGAUUGCAAAUGAGCUAUUUGAAUCAAUACGGAAUUUUGUGAGGAGCUCGAGUAGUGACCACACCGUCGCCAAAACAUUCGAGGAAGUAGGAAUACCGAUUUGUGAAUCACUAAAUGCCUAUCACUGUGGUGAUUUUGCUAAGGUGGUUAACACGUAUAAUCCAGUGAGAUACAAUACACGACAAAUUACUGGAAGUGACGCACAGAGAGAUGUUUUUAACUUGCUGCUUAUUCAUUCCGCAUUGAAGUCGCCAGAAAUGGAUCAUAAACUACUUGCAAGGAGCCUACUGUAUGAACGAGACGCGUUUAAACCCGGAUCGCCGAUGACUGCAAGGCUCUUGGAAAAAGCUACUGCCGAGAGUCCUGAAUGAAAUUUCUUAUACUAUGCUUGACCCUCGACCCUUGCUAAACGCAAGACUAUUGCUUUGAUCAGUUUUCCAGACACCAUCAAUAAACCGUUAUAUAAAAUGUGAUCACACUUUGUUAAUGUUUUUUUUUUUAUGAUAUUGUGUAUAUUACAUAAACGUACGUACUAUCGUGUGUUUUCAACACGUUUUGAUAGGCUACAUUUUUAUUUACUUUUCGAUGAGGCAGACUGACAUGUAUUCUAUUACUUGUUUUGUUUAACUAAUUAUCAUGCAU